ACACAAAACACAACUGUCAAAUCCAUUAAAAAUCUAAAAAAUCCGAUUUUGUUGCAUGUGCGGACGACACUAAAAUAGCAAAAUUUAAUAUUGUGUUAAGAGAAAUUAAUUAGGAAGAUCUUCCUUAUAAUGUUUGUAAACUUAAGCAGCAAAUUAACGCGCACAGUUACGCGAUCUCUUGUUUCUGCGAACCACAACCGACAGGUUCAUCGCUAUGUGGGCCCGACCCUAAGAGAAUUGAAACACCGCCGGGCAAAGAUGGGACCGGAAGCGGAAAUGCCUCGCUCAUCGCACAGUGACUGGAACUACAAGGCCGAGAUGUUUGCAUUCGGAAAACGUCUGUCGGAGCAGUUCGAUUCGGCCGUACUGCAGCAAGCCUUCGCCCACCGGUCGUUUAUUGUACAGGAGGAACAGAAGCAACGGGAUGUGGGUAUCGAGAAGCCGGAAGUAGGGCUCAAGGACAAUAGUGAACUGAUAACGCUUGGGGAGCGUUUGAUCGAAGAGUACGUGGAAGCUUUUGUGCUAACGGCGUUGCCAAAACUUCCUACGGAAGGUAUUGAGUCGAUUUGCGGUGAAUUGACAUCCCAGGAAAAAUUGGCCAACGUAUCCAGACACUUGGGAACGAAAGAUAUCAUUUUGGCGGCAGAAUUUCCUAUUACCGAACAGCUGCUGGUGGAUACGUUGAGCGCCGUGGUUGGCGCGCUUCACAAAUCAUCCGGCGAGGAACGAGCAUUCCUGUUUGUGAGAGACUUUAUCUGCACGCAGCUAAACCAGCAGGACGUGAACGAUUACUGGAACAUAGAUAACCCGCUUGAAUUGCUGCGAGAAUACUGCAAAGAGAAACAGUUGGGCGAGCCAGAACCCCGCUCGAUUGGGCUGAUUGGGAAGAAUACUUUGUUGGCUGCGCAACGGGUGGCCAUCUACUGUAACAAGCAGUUUGUUGGGGCUGGGUAUGGUGAGGACAUCCAGACGGCCAUCGAUGAAGCAGCGCGGGAUUGUCUGCGGCAGCUGUUUGGCACCGAGUUGAACAUGAAACCGAUCGAUUUCGGUUUGCAGCUGACGGAUGUGGCCCGAAAUUUGAGGAAACGUGCGAAUAAGCAGAACUGCUGAGAUGUAUUUGUGCGGUUUUUGUAGAAGUGAGUUAAUAUAACCAUGCUGCAACAAUAAUUGUCUAGGAGCGGCAAGGUUGUUCCGCAUGAAAGCUAAGGA